UUGGUGAGAGAGUUUUAGGAGAUAAGUUUAGUUGUUCAGUUUCAGUAAUUAAAGGAGUAUCAAUUUCUAUGUUUGAGGAUGUAUUAUUUUUAGAGAUAGAUACUGUUAAAGUAGGUGGUUUGAUAUCUAGCUGA